AUGAAAUUUAAUAUAGCUUAUCCUAUAUCAGGAACAUAGAAAACAAUUGAAGUUGAUAAUGUAACAGAUUUAGGUACAUUAUAUGAAAAAAGAAUAUAUAAUGAAAUAGAUGGUGAAAUUAUUUCAAAUGAUUUCAAAGGAUAUAUCUUUUAGAUAAGAGGAGGAUUUGAUAAAAAUGGCUUUGCAAUGUCACCAAAAAUAUUAAAAAAUAUUAGAGUAAGAAAAUUAUUAACUAAAAAAGAUAAAUGUUUUAAUCCUAAAAGAAAAGGUGAAAGAAAAAGAAAGACUAUAAGAGGUAGUAUAAUAUCACAUGAUAUAGCAUUAUUAAAUAUUAUCAUAAUAAAGAAAGGAGAAAAAGAAAUAGAAGGAAUAACAGAUAAAGUAAUACCAAGAUCAUUAGGUCCUAAAAGAGCAAGUAAAAUAAGAAAAUUAUUUAAUUUAGAUUUAGAUGCUGAUGUUACAUAGUAUGUUAUAAGAAAAAAGAAAGUAAAUAAAAAAACAGGAAAAGAAUAUACAGUUAUACCUAGAAUAAGUAGAUUAUAUACAUAG